GUGACGUAAGCGGAAGUGAAUCGGUUGCCAUCUUGGACACAUUCACGGUGCAAAGAACGAGCAUCGGUUGUGUUAGGUUUGAAGAGAAAUUCCCUUGAGAACUUUCUUUAACAUCUCUAGUAACUGAAAACUCUGAGGAAUUCAUGAGUGACGAAGAAGACAGCUUUGAUGAAAGAAGUAAACUGAUGUCGACCCAAACGGAAGUGUUACCCAGGGAUGCUGCCAGGUUAAGGAGCAGCUCUGUGCAGGAUCAUGCAGAUACCACUGACAGGCCAACUAGUGGUGAGGCAGAGAGGAGAGCUGCUCGAAGAACAGAAGACUCCGACACAGAGGAGGAAGAAGAGACCUUGAAAUAUGGCGCCAAGCACGUGAUCAUGGUGUUUGUUCCAGUCACUAUCUGUAUGUUGGUAGUUGUGGUCACUGUGAGCUCUGUGACAUAUUACACAACACCACAAGGGUACCUCAUCUACACCCCAUUUCAUGAUGAUACAGAUGAUGAAGGCACCUUAGUGUGGCAGUCCUUUGCUAAUGCUUUCAUUUUGCUGGGAGUUGUGGUUGUACUUACAGUUUUUCUUGUGGUUCUUUACAAGUAUAGAUGCUACAAGUUCAUACACGGCUGGUUGAUCUUCUCCUCACUGUUACUGCUCUUCUUCUUUGCCUACAUUUACCUAGGUGAACUUCUCCGAGCCUGCAAUGUCCCCAUGGAUUAUCUAACACUGGCCAUAUGCUUGUGGAAUUUUGGUGUUAUGGGUAUGGUGUGCAUUCACUGGAAGGGACCACUACGUCUACAACAAGCCUACCUCAUCGUGGUGUGUGCUCUCACAGCACUCACCUUUAUCAAGUACCUGCCAGAGUGGACAGUUUGGACAGUCCUGGGGAUGCUUUCCAUCUGGGAUCUUGUGGCAGUGUUGUGCCCCAAAGGUCCCUUGAGAAUACUGGUGGAGACAGCUCAUGAGAGAAAUGAAUCCUUGUUUCCAGCCCUUAUUUAUUCGUCCACCAUGGCUUGGACCACCACAAUGGCAGAUAGCAAUCCAGAUGACAGCAAGAAGAAAAAGAAGAAGAAAAAGAAGACGAAAACUAAUUCAGGGGAUUCUACCACACCUCUUGAGCAAAAUUCUGCAAAUGGUUCAAAUGCCACAUUUGGAGAUGACGAUGAGGGUGGAUUUACCAACUGGUCCAACGAAUCCCAAGAACGUUCACAGGAAAGAAAUAACCAGUAUCUGAACUGGCAGAACCAACAAACAUCGGAUGACCAUAGACGAACAGAGUCGAGUGUAAGCACAGAAUCUCAAAGAGCACGCACAGCAGUGGCCAACAUUGGUCAGAACAGUGAGAGACCAGCAAGGCCUGCAGCACAACAGCCUUCAGAGGAGGAAGAAGAAGAACGUGGAGUGAAGCUGGGAUUGGGAGACUUUAUAUUCUACAGUAUUCUUGUUGGCAAAGCAUCUUCUUAUGGAGACUGGAACACAACACUAGCUUGCUUUGUUGCAAUAUUAAUAGGCCUGUCUUUCACACUGAUUUUGCUGGCAGUUUUCAAGAAAGCUCUGCCAGCUCUCCCAAUAUCUAUAUUGUUUGGUAUUGUGUUCUAUUUCACCACAAGACUUUUGGUGAAGCCAUUUGCAGACAGUCUCUCAGGAGCACAAGUAUACAUAUAGCAGCGGGAACCUUAUCUCCAUGCAUCAUAGACUGUGUUCCCAUAAACCCAUCAUACUAGGUGGAUCAAUCUAAUUCUGUGGGGCUUCUGGCUUUAGUGCUUUCAGUAUUAUCAUCAUGCUUGUCUGGCAGAGCCCCUUGAGUAACUAGGGAGUAAUUAGCUAUUGUUAAUUACCCCCUAUCAGCUCUAGUAGGCAUGCCAGACAUUUAAGCCAUUUACAAUGAAUGCAAUUUAGCGAGAAUUCCCGCAGAGUUAGAGCAAUCCAACUAGUAUGAGAGGUUUAUAGGAACGCUCCCAUAGACUCACAGAAGCAGCCGUUCAUUUCAUGUACAAAAGACAAAUGAUUAUUUCAUAAUAUUUAUAGGAAUAUACAUACCUAAUUAUCAAUUUUGAGACAGAUAUUGAGCUCCUUUAGAUUUGCUAAUACAAACAGCAGGUUUUAAGAAACAAGGCACUGCAAAUUUUAUGAGUAUCAUUAUAUUUGUACACUGUUCAAUAUCUGAUAAUGUUCAUAUAUUUGUUUGUUUGAUAAACUGUAACCAGCACAAGGUGUUUUCGGGGAUGAAUGCAUGGGAUUGUAAUAGUGACAGCUUUUCUUGUGUGACACUGCUGGGACAUACCAUCAUUAUCAAUGUAAGGGCCACAACUUUUCUAGUUUAAACAUUUGAAAGGUAUUAUUAACCAGGCUUUAAGGUUUAUAUGGCAGCAAUCAGUUGACAAAGCCAACCGUAGAAUCAAAUUGAAAACAAUUGCUGUGUAUAAAUGGUAAAAAGUUAUUCACGUCAUAACAUGCUUAUUUAUUUAGAUAUUUAUAUUCCAGUAAAUACUUUGUCUCAGAAAUAUAAGAAAAUUGUGCUUAAGGCAUUCCUAUGAUUUAAGUGUAGUGUUAGUUGCUUAUAUAUAUGUAUGUUUUGAAAACAAAUAGCUGGGCUAUAUGCUGGGAAUUUUUUUUUUUUUUUUUUUUUUUGGAAAAUUUUUAUGGAAAUAUACAUUUUGUCUAUGUUAUUCCUCAGAGUCUUCUGCCAUCUUUAGGACAGAUCGUCUUGUUUGUUCAAAAUCAGUCUUUGAAACAAAGAAUAUCUAUUUGCAAAACAAACAUCAUGGAGGUCCAUUUUUAUCCAUUCGGAAAAAAAAAGAUACAUGUUGUAUUGUCGAGCCAGUUCUCAUUCAGUUCCGAUGCAAAAAGGAUAAGAGCAAUUUAAAUAGUAAUUCUACAACUUUGAUUAUGGAAAAAACGAUGUCUAGCAGGUGAUGAUGACUCACCAAACUGUACUUUUGCAACAGCUUGUAUUAUUUGGGCAUGGAAUAAAAACCAAAUUGUUUAUCA